AUGGUUCUCAUGGACGGUUUUAGUCAUGGCGUGGACAAUCCCACGAACGGCUGGAGCGGACGAGGUGUGGAAGCCGGCGGACAAUGUGGCAGUGGCAUCGAUAGAAAACACCAUUCUGACGCUCGUUUUCCAUCGUCGAACGAGCUCGUUAAGGCGGCUCAGUUGCACAACAGCGAUAAUCACGGCGACGUUAUAUCUCAAUUCGGACGUGGACUUAACUGUGCAACUCCGUUCCUUGAAGAUGGAAUGUUUGACGGAUUGCUGACUGGUGACGCGGCGAUUCACGACCUGGCAGCAUGGACGGACCCCGCGCUUCGGUUCGCAGAGGGAUUCCUCCCAUCGUCGGGAUGCAAUGGUGUGCAGCAACCCCCACCACCGCAGCAGCAGCAGCAGCAGCGAGGCGAGGCGGCGCAGCAGGAGGCGGCGGGCAAGCGACCGUUGGUGGACUCGGCGUUCCACCGCGAGUUCCAAUUCGACAGCAUGCCCGCCAUGCGCGCUGCCGAGAGCCUCGCGCUCGAGCGCGCGCUUACCGCCGCUGACAGGGCCGCGGCCGUGCCAGUAGCUUCCGCCGGUGUGCCACCCCGCGGGGCCACGGAAGCAGCUGCGGAACCAGCGGGGGCAGCAGCGCCGUUUUUGGCGGUUGCGGGGAUGACGGCGGACGCGGGGGGGAUGGACGGGAUGGUGGGGGUGACGGGGGGGACGGCGGGGUGGGCUCGCGCGACGGACGCGGACAUGCUGUCGCAGCUGUUGGCGAAUUCGCGAACGCCUCUGGCGACGGACAUGGACUUGGUGUCGCAGGUGCGGUUGCGGAUGGACCCGGCGUUGCUGGCGUCUUUGGAUGCCAUGCGCGCGCACUCGCAGCACCACGCGCUGCAGCAGGCGCAGCAGGCGCAACAGGCGCAGCAGGGGCAGCAGGGGCAGCAGGGGCAGCACGGGCAGCAGGCACAGUUGAUGCAGCAGGGGCGGCAGCUGCAGGUGUUGCAGCAGGCACAGGCAGGCAGGGCGGGUGGUCUGCCGUCCGUAACCCUCACCCCAGAACUGGAGCAAUACCUCGCUGCUGCCGGGAAGCUUCCAUUCCCGGACAUAAACCUCCCCAUCUGGGAGGCCCUCCGGGCGGCAUCCGCGCAACAAGUGCCGCCCGGUUUCUCCUCCGCUCCCGUUCCCACCCCCGCCAUACCCAUGCCACCCAUGCCACCCCUCCCACGCAUCACGGGCAUUCCGCCGUCCCCCAGCAUAUUCGGGAGCACAGAGGACGUGCGUGCAGUGCACGCGCCCUCCGCGUCGGACGCGGAGCUGCGCGCGCGCCUGCUGCGCCUGGCAGAGGCCGUGGCCACGAGCGAGCAGGGCGAGAUGGCGGCGCUCACGCGCGUGCUGCGCGCGGACGCCACCCCCCACGGCACGCCCAUGCAGCGCGUGGUGCACUACCUGCUGGGCGCGCUGGGGAAGCGCGCAUCGGGGAGUCUUGGGGAGGAGUAUGUGGUGGAGCCACUGCAGACCGCCGAGGUGAGUGGGGUUUGCAUGGCAUUGGGUGGCAUGACUGCUGAGGAAGAAGCCCUGAUCCUUGCAUUUGCGGCGCGCAACCCGUUGUUGCAGCACUGCUACACCACCAUGGCGUGCGGCAUCGUGGGCGCCUUAGAGCGCCUUCAGUGCCCUCCCAUGCUCACAUCCCCUCUUGCUCCCUUGCCCCGUCUCUAUCAGGAGGAAGCACUGAUCCUUGCUUUCGCGGCGCGCAACCCACUCAUGCAGCACCGCUACACCACCAUGGCGUGCAGCAUCGUGGACGCCCUAGAGCACGACGCCCUUGUGCACAUCGAGGAAGCUCUCAUACUCGCCUUUGCAGCGCGCAACCCACUCAUGCAGCACUGCUACACCACCAUGGCGUGCGGUAUCGUGGACGCCUUAGAGCACGACCCCCUCGUGCACAUCGUUGACUUCGCCAUGUGGGGCGGCCAGUGGCCCAUCGUCAUCCGCCAGCUGGCGGCCUCCGCCGCCCGCCGCCGCCGCGAGAGCUGCACCCACGGCUGCGCUGCUGUCACCGACGGCGCUGGCGCCAGCAGCAGCGGCGGCAGCAGGAGCAGCAGCAACAGCAACGGCGGCAGCAGCGGAGCAUGCCCCACGUGCACAGGCCCUCUCCCUCUCCACAUCCGCUACACUGCAGUCGAGCCUCCUCCCGGCCACCCCUGGGGGGCAGGCCCCAAGAUCCCCAUCCCGUUCCUGCAGGCGGAGGUGAGCGGCGCAGCGGCAGAGUGCGGAGUGGCGCUGAGCUUCCACCGCGUGGAGGCGCGGCCAGAGACGCUGCGGCCGCUCAUGCUAGGGGUAGAGCGCGGGGAGGCCGUGGUGGUGAACUGCGCGGGGAGGUUGGCCAACCUGGCGGAUUCGACUGUGCUGCGCUCCAGCCCCAAAGACACUGCCCUCUCGACCAUCCUACAGCUAGCCCCCAAGGUGGUGACGAUAGUGGAGUGGGACGCCAACCACCGGCAGCCCUUCUUCCUGCACCGCUUCCGCGACUGCCUCGACUUCUUCUCCAACGUUUUCCACUCCCACGAGCACCUCGCCUCGCGUGCCUCCUUCGGACGCCGCGGCUUCGAGGACAGAGUGCUGGCACGCGAGAUGAUUAACCUGGUGGCGUGCGAGGGGCUGCAGAGGCUGGUGCGGGCAGAAACGCUGGAUCAGUUGCAUGAGAGGAUGCAGCGCAUUGGGUUUGCUCCCAAGCCGUUUUCGCGGAGGAGUAUGGCGGCGCUGGGGCAGAUGCUUGCGCCGUAUUCCAAGGGGUUUUCGGUGGUGAGUCAUCCGUUGGGGGGUGUGCAGCUGCUGUGGCAGGGUGGGAGGGAGGGUGGUGCUGCUGUGUAG